UCUGGGUUGUAUGCCAGGCGAUUGGUCUAUGCAUUUUUUAAUCCUCAGAUAUAUCGAUAAAUUCCACUUGAAGUAUUCCUUUAUCUAAAUGGAAUUAGUUCAGAUCGAAGCCCCUUGUAAAAGGAACAGACAUGGUACAUGGGCAUAUUUUCCUUUACGUUGCAAGUCUUCUAAUACUUGGGUUGUCUGGGGCAACAAAGAAAGAAGCAGUGAAAAACAACUCAGGAGUGCAGCCGGCAGGACAGUGUGGGACCUGGGUGAAGGAAGCAGAAGGGGGGCUGUUCACCUCUCCCAACUACCCCAGCAAAUACCCCCCAGAGAGAGAGUGCAUCUACAUCAUCGAAGCUCCCCCAAGACAAUGUAUUGAUCUUUUCUUUGAUGAAAAGUAUUCAAUAGAGCCUUCGUGGGAAUGUAAAUUUGACCAUAUUGAAGUACGAGAUGGGCCAUUUGGCUUUUCUCCAAUAAUUGGACGUUACUGCGGCCAGCAAAGCCCGUUGUAUAUCAGGUCCAGUGGCCGAUACCUUUGGAUAAAAUUCGUGGCCGACGGUGAAUUGGAAGCCAUGGGAUUCUCAGCGAGCUACAACUUCACCGCAGAUCCUGACUUUAAAGACCUAGGAAUCCCCAAACCUCUGCCCUUGUGUGAAUUUGAAAUGGGAGGGCCCGAGGGGAUCAUCGAAUCUCCGCAGAUCACCAAAGAGGGCAAGGCCUUAGCCACGGAGGCCGUGGACUGCAAGUGGUUCAUCCGCGCUCCGCCCCGCUCCAAGAUCUACUUGCGCUUUCUGGAUUACGAGAUGCAGAACUCCAACGAGUGCAAGCGUAACUUUGUGGCGGUGUACGACGGCAGCAGCUCGGUGGAGGACCUGAAGAGCAAGUUCUGCAGCACGGUGGCCAACGACGUCAUGCUGCUGACUUCGCUGGGCGUGGUCCGCAUGUGGGCUGACGAGGGCAGCCGCAAGACCCGCUUCCGCAUCCUCUUCACCACAUUCUCAGCGCCUCCAUGUGACGCAGACACGUUCUUCUGCCACAGCAACAUGUGCAUCAACAACUCACUGGUGUGCAACGGCAUCCAGAACUGUGUUUAUCCCUGGGAUGAGAACCACUGCAAAGAGAAGAGGAAAGCGAACAUCCUGGACAAUCUGAACAACACCAACGGGACCAUCAUCGGCGUGACGUGCGGCGUGGUGCUGCUGCUGCUGGUGGUGUCGGUGGUGGUGCAGAUCAAGCAGCCGCGCAAGAAGUACAUCCUGCGGCGCGAGGACUUCGACCCCACCAUGUUCCAGGAGGUGUUCGAGCCGCCGCACUACGAGCUGUGCACGCUGCGCAGCGCCACCGCCGCCUCCGCCGACCUCGUCGACCUCACCGAGGACUUUGAGAACUACCACAAGCUCCGGCGCUCCUCGUCGCGCUGCAUCCACGACCACCACUGCGGCGGAGGCGGCGGAGGCGGGAGCUCGCACUCGCAGCUGUCCAGCGCCAAGGGCAGCCGCAGCAACCUGUCGGCGCGCGAGGCCUCGGCCGCCGCCGCCAUCCUCAGCGAGCUCCCGCCGCAGCCCGUGGUGCGGCCCCUGCUCCCGCCCUCCUCCGGCGGAGGCAACCGCCGCAGCAUCCUGGUGAUGAAGCACAGCUACUCGCAAGAGGCCGCCGCCGACCCCUGCGACCUCGACGACGACCUGGAGGAGGUGCCCACCACCAGCCACCGGCUGUCCCGGCACGAGAAGGCGGUACAGCGGUUCUGCCUCAUUGGGUCUCUAAGCAAACAUGAGUCUGAGUACAACACCACUAGGGUCUAGGAGACAAUCUCAAGGCAAUUACAACAUUUCCCUGCAUCUUGCCACGUGUGACAGCUUAUGGUGUUAACUCUCUUUCUAACACCCUCAUGCAUCUUGAAAGAACUGUGGCUUUGAGUAACUAGUAGCCUAUAUUGUGAUUAAAAUCAGUCUUCUGUGAGUGCAUUGGGUUCUUUCUCUCUCUGUGGUGGAGGAAGACCGGAAACUUCCAUGAUUUCUCACAAAGCAAAAACUGGGAAGUGACUGAACACUACUAUGUUGUGAGACUGGACUCACAUUUUUUUUUUUUUUUUUUUUUUUAAGAAUCUACAACCUUUAAUGUACAUUUGCUCAUUGAGAAUAACGAAAAAAAAAAAAAAAAAAACAGACAUGUCUUUUCACUUUAAUUUCUUUGUUUAUUCAUUUGCGAACUGUAAAACUGUGUUGCUGAAAUGAAUUGUUUUGGAUACAGACUGCAUUUUUGUCACCCCCUCUGGAAAAGCCAUGAUGUUGGUGACCACUGAAUGGGAUUUUAUAACAGCUGUCUGUCACUGAACCCCAGAUUCUGACGCUCUGGCGAAGCAAAGUGAAUAAACGAUGUCAUAGUCCAGUGUCAUGUGGAAGGUUUGAGAAUCAUAGUGAAUGUUGAAUGAUGUCCUUGAGUUUCUUGCCAUCAAGAAAGGACACUAAACCUAUCCCGUUCACUGGGGAUGUGUUAGGCCAGUGCCCUUAAAAACAGUCAGCUGCCUUUCACUGGGUAGGCUAUAGGCAAAUGCAAGUGAAUAAAAAUAAAAUAAAAAAGUGGUGAUAUCCAACUCAUCAAACAUGUCACUAAGGUGCUUUUCAGUAGCUUAUUUCUGGCCCAGAAUAAACUGUGUGUAUCAACUGAAUUUAUUUGCUGGAAAUGGUGAGAGACUUUGAAUAUUAAGUGCUGAAAAGAAUGUUUUCAAUAAACUGAU